CUGAGAGGAGUUGCUGCCGUUCUGGGAAGGGGGUUCAGACCCCUGGGACUGAGAAACAGACACUCUUUUCUAUUUGAGCAUAAGCUUCAAAUGCAUGCAGUGGAAAAUACAGUAGGAAAAUAUAUAUAUCUUGCAUCUGAUUAAGUGGGCUUUAGCCCACAAAAGCUUAUGCUCAAAUACAUUUGUUAGUCUCUAAGGUGCCACAAGUACUCCUUGUUGCUGAUACAGACUAACACGGCUACCACUCUGAAACCAGAGACUCUCUUGGGUCUAGUGCUCUGAUCUGCAAGCUUGGGUCUGGAACAAGAGUCUUGGUCCCUGCAAAGGGGCCAAAUCUGGGUGUGAUCUGAGCCAUGCUCCUAGGAAGUGGGGUUGGGCUGGGCCUUUGGAGAAGAGGUGUCCAUGUAGGGUAAGAUCUGAUCUAUUUGUUUCAAUAAUUGGGUCUGGGGAGGGGUCUUGUCCUCUUAUUCCUCUCCCUCACUCCCCCCCCCCCCUUAGGAAUCACAGGUGGUUUGUUACUGUAUUCUAGACACUCUUGAUAUUGCAGCUGGUGGAUUCAUAACACUGAUUCUCGUUGGCUUGUCUGGGGAAUAGUGCAACAAAGCCUGCUUUCAUGCUAGGUUUUGAUUUGUCCAUAGAAUGGAAGCUGUCAUGGUUCCACUACCUACAUUAUCACACUACUCCCUCUCUCCCUGUCUCUGGUGGGGGCAGUAGCUCCUUCUCUUCGCAGUCCCAAAAGAUUCAGUUCUUGGCCCUCUCCUCCUUCUUUGUCUAUCUUCUCUAGCUCAACUUUGGCACUGAUGAUACUCAGCUAUAUUUCCUCAUAGACCUUUAUUGAGUUCUCUCAUGUCUUGACCAGGUAAACUGGUGGGCUUCAUGUCAGCAUCCGUCACCUGGAUGUCUCAAAGUCAGAAAGUGCCUCUGCUGCAUCUUCAAACACACCUCCAGCUCCUCUGUUUUCCUUUUUGGUUCAGAUCUUCCCCAAACGUUUCUUUUUCCACCUAUGCCUAGUGGGCUUUUACUAGCCCCAUAACACUCUCCAUGUAUUUCACUGCCUCAGCUCCACCUUUGCUUCAACUCGUCAUCCAGGCCAGUGUCACCUCUUGCUUUGACUUGCAGCUCCCAAAUCUAUGGCCAACGUAGGACCUACCUCUCCAAACUCCAUUGUGCAAAGAUUAUUUAUUUGUAAUAAAUCUGUGUAAAAUCACCUAUAAUUUAUGGUUUCAGAGUAGCAGCCAUGUUAGUCUGUAUCCGCAAAAAGAAAAGGAGUACUUGUGGCACCUUAGAGACUAACAAAUUUAUUUGAGCAUAAGCUUUCGUGAGCUAUAGCUCACUUCAUCAGAUGCUAAAUCGGAUAAUUUAUGGGAAAAACAUCUAGACACUGGCAUAGGUGAUUUUAUAGUCGCAGAAAGAGACAAACAGCAGCUUCUCCUCAACCCAAAAAAGAGCAGUGUUUUGUGUGGGGUGAAAACUUGUCUUGAGCUGGAAAGCUGUGUUGUUGUCAGUAAUCAGGUUGGUUUGUUUGCAGCUCUGAGGAAGGCCCGGAGGCAGCAGCAGUUGGUCAGUAAGAGACUUCUGCGAGAAGACAGCCUGGUGAAUGGAGACGGGCAGGCUGGAGUGGAGAUAGCAGCAGAACCUCUGUCUGAGCAGGAGGUUGGAGGGCAGCAUGCGGGUCCUGAUCGGGCUCUUCACCAGCAGCUUGGCCAACAUACAGAUGGAGGCAGCUCGCUGUCUGCACGAACUCUCACACUCCAGUGACCCUGCUGUGGCUGAGGCGUGUUUGCCAGCAACCUCCUAUCUCCUGACCUAUCUCUCAGGACACAGUGUAGAAUUCACAGAGCUGUGUUUGUACACGCUGGGGAACUUGGCAGUGGAGAGUGAUGCCGUGAGGAAGCAACUUUUACCUCAAGGCAUUAUUCCAGCCCUGGCAUCCUGUAUCCAGUCCCCUCAUGUGGCAGUGCUGGAAGGCCUGGGCUACGUCCUGUCGCAGCUCCUGCAGGCCAGGGAAGCUCCCACCAAGAUCAUACCCUUGGUUCUGGACUCGGUUCUCCCCCAGCACAUGCUUCAAUUGGUUAGCUCCAACCUGGAGCUGGGAAUGGGAGUCGCCGUGGAGUUUUCUUGGUGUCUUCAUUACAUUGUGUGUAGCCAUGUGAACAACGUGCUGUUAAUCUCCCAGGGGAUAGUGUCAACCCUGGUGCUAUUGUUGCUGGAACUGGCUUCCAUGAUGUCAAAAGCAGCUACUGAGGGCCUGGAGUUGCUUAUCUGUCCUGUGCUGCGGUGUCUGAGCAACCUGCUUGCGGAGGAUGAGACAGAGGGCUGCAAAGUGCAGAUCCAGGAUGAGCGCCUCUUGGUGGCUUUGUUUCUCUUCAUGCAGUACUUCCUCCAGCAGCACCCGUUCCUAGUGCAGGAGUGUCUCUGGUUUCUCAACAACCUCACAGCUGAUGAGCCCAUCUUCUGCUCUGCCGUGCUCACACUGGACCUGAUCCCAGCCCUCUUGCAGCUCUUGCCCUGUUCCCGGAUGGUGACCCUGCUGGCUCUGACUGUGCUGUGUAACAUCGCCGAGAAGGGCCCUGCCUACUGCCACCAGCUGCACCAGAAGGCUGUGCUGCCCUCGCUGCUCAGCACCCUUGCUCUUUCUGAUGGCCAGGUGGUGGGCCAGAGUCUGGAGCUGCUACAUCUCCUCUUCCUGCACCUGCCAGAGGCUGCUGACGACUUUCUCAGCCAAGCAGGACUGCAGGCCUUAGAACAGCACCAGGACAACCCCCAACUCCAGGAGCGAGUGAGGGCACUCAGGGAGACAUACCUCCAGCCAGCUGCAGCCUCUCCGAUCUCCCGCGCCAGUGCCUCAGCUGCUGUACUGCCCUCCUCCUAGACCACGCUGCAUCCAUUCCUGCUUCCCUUCCCAUUUGCACUAAUUCUAUCCCAUGGACUUUGUACAUUGAGAAGUUAUUUUGGAAUUUAAUAAACUAUUUUACACUCUG